GGCGGUCGUGAAGACCGGCUGAGGUGGCCCCGGGUGGUCUCUGGCUGCGCUUCCGCGUCUGGGCGUCGGGACGCGGGGGCGGCCGGCGACAGCGAGUGGGGGACGAUGCCAUGAGGCAGCCGCAGGGCCUGGCGGGGUCUGGAGGUUGACCGUCCCUGCCGCCUUCCCGCGAGGCCGCCUCCUCCAGGCAGUCGCCCGUCCGUGUCAGGGUCUCGCAUUCCCGGUGGUCCCAGUGCCUCGGACCGGGGCUCCCGGGCCCUAAGCCCCGCGCGAUGACCGCGGCCGCCGCCUCCAACUGGGGGCUGAUCACGAACAUAGUGAACAGCAUAGUGGGGGUCAGUGUGCUCACCAUGCCCUUCUGCUUCAAACAGUGUGGCAUCGUCCUGGGGGCCCUGCUGUUGGUUUUCUGCUCUUGGAUGACGCACCAGUCCUGCAUGUUCCUGGUGAAAUCCGCCAGCCUGAGCAAACGGAGAACGUACGCGGGCCUGGGUGAGGACGGCGGCGCUGGGCGCAGCGGCUGGGCAUCCCCGAGCCCUUGCCUGGGGAGUGCAGCAUUCGCGAUCUGUUGGGGCCUUGCUCCUUUUUUUACUUACUUUCCUUCCACUUCAUGCUUAAAGAGCUCCUUGAACAGCAGGUUCUUCCUUAUUUAAAGUGUUUUUUUUAAAGAUUUUGUUUAUUUGUUUGACAG